AUGCUACAAGAGACCUUUUUGGGUAUAGACCACCUUGACGCCUGGGCCCAUCUAAACAAUGUCAAGUUCAAUGGGGUCAAAGUCUCCUCAACAUUUACGGAAAGAGGGUCUGUGUUGAUCGCUACAAGGCAACUCUCUGAUGAAAACCCAAUACUUCUAACAGUUCCACGCGAACUUGUCCUCUCUCUAGAGAACGUGUGGGUAUAUGCGAAAUGUGACAAGCAUCUGACACAAGUACUAGAGGCUGUUGGUGAUUGGGCCAAAGUACUCCGCACCGCAGAUACGUGGGUAACCCACAAUGCAACACAAGGACAGAUUGGGGUGAAAAACCCUUUCAGCCAAUAUGUGAAGUACUUACCAGAAGAGUUCAGUAUCCCUACGUUUUGGAACGAGGAUGAGAGGGCACUGCUUGAGGGAACGUCACUGGAUGCUGCCUUGAACUCUAAGCUGCAGAGUCUCGAGCGCGAGUUCGAGCAUCUGCAUGAUACGACUCGAGCCAUUCCUUGGUGCAAUCGGCACUGGUGGGAUGGCGAGGAAGGAGAACUAUCCUUGGACAAUUGGAAGUUUGUAGAUGCUGCAUACAGAUCCCGAGCCCUUGAUUUACCCGGGACUGGUCAUGCAACUGUCCCUUGUAUCGACAUGGCCAACCAUGCUUCUGGAGAAAAUACAGUUGCCUUAUACGAGACAGACGCAGAUGGCAAUGCAAUCCUGCUUCUUAGGGAUGGUAGAAGGAUCUCAGUAGGCGAUGAAGUCAGUAUCACUUACGGAGACGACAAGGGUGCUUGCGAAAUGCUGUUCUCCUAUGGUUUCAUCGAAGACGGAACCAGGUCUGCCAAAGAACUUUUCCUGAGCUUGAAUGCAAUGAAUGAUGACCCGUUGGGAACUGCAAAGAAAGUGGCUUCCAAGGCUCCACCUGGUUUCCGCCUUUACAAGAGGGAUACUCACAUCGACUGGGAGUCCGACUUUGUGUGGCUGCUGUGCAUCAACGAAGAAGAUGGUCUAGCCAUUAAAGUGGCACAAAGCCACGAUGGAGAAAGAGAGCUGCAAAUGUCUUGGAAAGAGCGGAGCCUUGUAAGCUCCGCAAGCAUUCGAGAGAUGCUUCAAGUCGAGCCCAACUGGGACGUCUUCCAACUGCGAGCGAUCGCGAUCCUGCAAGCUCGGGUUGAAGAGCAGUUGAGAGGAUUGAAAGACAGCGAGGAGCGAGUCCAGGCCAUCCAGCAAGACGGAGAGAUCCGAGCAGAACGCGAGGGCUAUGCGAUCGAGUUGCGAGAUCUCGAACAGAGUCUGCUUCUGGAGGGUUACGAGGCUUUCGAAGAAAGCAAACGUGUUUUGCUGCAGUCACAUGUGGUCCAAAAAUAUUUGGGCCUUGGAGCACAGGAAGAGGCUACUGGUCCGGAGGAUGACUUUGCGUAA